UUUGGAAUAACAACAGAUCGAAGAUCUUCCUCCUCAGAGCUUCUGAACCCUUCAGUAAAUCUGACAAAAUUGCCUCACAAAAAUCAGAGUCACCUGGAGUCCAGUCUACCCGUUCUUGAUGCCUUUUUUGAGAGAGAAGAGACAUCUUACCAACAAUACAAGAUCAAAAAUGAAAUCUCACAUGCAGUGGGCGAACUCAGUCCCAUGAGUUUUUUUGAAAAAAACCACAAAAGGAAUGAAAGCACAGACAGGCAGAAGUACAAGGCAACUGCAAAAGAACAUCCUGAGAGACAGGGAAGUUGGCAAUCAAACUACUUGCGAGGCCUAUAUUCAGAUAAGUCCAACUUGAAUAGAUCACCGAUCUACUAUAACCUUCUGGCCAAAAGCAUGCAGUCAAGUUUUUCCGUGGAUCCGAUCCACAAUUAUCAUCAGGGCACACAGCUCCAUCAUCAUGUAACAAAACAGGGAGAAAGAGCUACAUCUUACAAUCUAGAUCUUGAGGAGAACAGAUCCAGAAAGACUAUACGGUACAGAACAAGUGAAACAUUCAUAAAUGGAAGCAAUUCAUCAUCUGUAAUCCAUCGACGUCCUUCAAGUUUGCUCUAUCACUUCAACAUACUCAGAGAAGAUUACAGUAAAGAGUUAUGUUCAAUCGAAUGCAGAAAGGAAAAGAAUGAAAAAGAAUUCUACUGCAACAGUGAGUUUGCAAUCAGUGGUAUAGUCCAUGAUAUAGUGACCCUUGGUAAAGGGCUGCGUCUGGUGACAUUAUUGGUAGACAGCGAUGGAUUCUAUCGCAUGAGUCGAUUAUAUGUCACGCCUGAUGGAUUCUUCUUCAAAGUGCAUAUUCUUGUUGUUGACACUUUCAACUGUAGAAGAUUGUGUCCGGACUUGAAGUUUGGUGGUAAAUACAUCCUGAUGGGCCUAAUUUAUCACAGGAGAUACAUUCUACCCACUUGGGCCCAAGAACAUGUUUCUGGGAGACUAAAGCCAGGAGAUGGACUGGUUAAGAGCAGCAGCUAUGUGAGACGAUAUAACAGAAAGAGGGACCAGAGAGUCCAGUUAGCACGUGAUGGGAAAUGUGGAAGUGCAUUUUUCAGAUCUCAGCAGAAUUGAAAUGGGCCAGUGUGUACUUUACGUUUUCUGUAACAAUAUGACAAGUAGUGUAGUAUUGUUGUUUGCUAUUAUUAAUGAAUGUAGCUCAUUGUACUUAAAAUGUUCUAUAAUAUAUGUAGAGUCAAAGAAUCAUACAACAUGGAAACAGACCCUUUGGUCUAACUUGUCUGUGCUAACCAGACAUCCCAAUCGGACUUAGUCCUCUUUGUCAGCAUUUUGCCCAUACCACUCCAAACCCUCCCUAUUCACAUAUCCAUCCAGAUGCCUUUUAAAUAUUCUACAUGCAUCAGACUCCACCACCUCCUCUGGCAGCUCAUUCCAUACAUGCACCAUCCUCUGCAUGAAAAGGUUACCCCCUCAGGUCCUUUGUAAAAUAUCUCCUCUCUCACCUUAAACCUGUCCUCUUGUUUGGGAUCCCCCCACCCUAGGGGAAAUACUUUGGCGAUUCAUCCUAUCCAUGGCCCUCAUGAUUUUAUAAACCUCUAAGAUCACCCUUCAACGUUGUUUUAGAUUUUAGUCUACCCCUUCAGCUCAUCUGUAAGGGUGCUAUAAUUGGCCUUAGCAACCCAGGCUAGAACUGGGAGACAAUAUCAACUAGGUUUUCUCCUCUUCAUUGUUAUCCAGUGCCAUGUGCCAGAAAUAGAACAAGCUCAAACAGAUAUUGACUGAUUGGACUCCCUGUGAUGGCCCCCUCCACCUCAUCACAACUGAAUGGCUAAGUGGGAUACAGCAGCAUGAGAAGAGAUCGUUGGCAUCAAUUAAAUUAUAUCCAGAAAGGUUCAAUGCUUUCAAGAGGGGAAAGCUCUUCAACAAACUGUACUCUUGUCAAGUACCACUGUAUUUUAAAGUAGUUGCAUUAAGUCUUUUCAGGGCAAAUCCUGGAUUGGAUUUCUAUCAGUUUAGCAAAUCCAGUUUGUGCAGUUGAAGACAACAUGCCUCAUUCAAUGCACACAUUGCAAUGUAUAAGUCGAACUUCACUCAGCAUUCCAGUAUAUCCUUGCCCUUCUGAUAGCUGUGCUUAAAGAAAAUAAAAACACUUCCCAGUGAAAGGAAGAAGACAUGAAAAGUAGAGACUGUGAGAAAGUAACAAUCAUUCCUCUUCCUCUGGGAAACGGCUGUUUCCAGGAGAUCAAAGCAUCUGGAAUGGGUGCAGCCUGGCUGCUUUUUACAUUGAAUUGUUUAUCUAAAGGCUGAUGUUUCAGGGUCCUCCACUAGGUCGGGAUUGUAACUAUUUCCCCAGAGUCCCUGGAGAUCAUGGAGAAAAUUUUCUCCAUAUGCAUUGGACACAAGAAGAAUGCAGACUGACAGAUGAGCAACCAUUAUUCAAAUACCCAGGCAGCAGAGUGCUUUUUAAAAAAUUAAGUAUACAAUAAAAAAAGCUUUCAA